UAAAAAGCAAGAUGGCGAUUUGGGGACAGAUGAAGCUGUGAGGGUAUAGUAGAUAGUGAUAGUACCAUCAUGACGAUAGCUAUUGGGUUCGAAGGGAGUGCAAAUAAGCUAGGCAUUGGUAUUGUAAGAGAUGGCGUUGUUCUUUCGAAUGUACGAACAACUUACAUCACUCCACCUGGACAAGGGUUCUUACCAAGAGACACGGCGAAGCAUCACCGAGAAAAUAUCAUUGAUAUAUUAAGAAGAUCUUUAAAAGAGGCCAACAUCAAACCUCAGGACAUAGAUUGUGUCUGUUACACUAAAGGUCCAGGCAUGGGUGCACCUUUGGUGUCUGUAGCAGUUGUUGCAAGAACAGUUGCACAACUUUGGAGAAAGCCUAUGGUGGCUGUUAACCAUUGCAUAGGGCACAUUGAGAUGGGACGGCUAGUAACAGGUGCUGUCAAUCCUACUGUUCUUUACGUCAGUGGUGGAAACACUCAAGUGAUUGCAUACUUGGAGCGACGAUAUCGUAUUUUUGGAGAAACCAUUGAUAUUGCUGUUGGGAACUGUUUGGAUAGAUUUGCAAGAGUCCUUAAGCUUUCAAAUGAUCCAAGCCCAGGAUACAACAUAGAACAAAUGGCAAAGAGGGGAAAAAAGCUUAUUGAAUUACCUUACACAGUGAAGGGAAUGGAUGUAUCAUUUUCAGGAAUUUUAUCAUACAUUGAAAGUAUGGCACCCAAAUUACUUGAAUCAGGAGAAUGUACACCGGAGGAUUUGUGCUUCUCUCUUCAGGAAACAGUUUUUGCCAUGCUCAUUGAAACAACAGAAAGAGCAAUGGCUCACUGUGGGUCCAGUGAGGUUCUUAUUGUGGGUGGAGUGGGAUGCAACAAGAGAUUACAAGAAAUGAUGGGUGUGAUGGCUAAAGAAAGGGGAGCUAAACUUUAUGCUACUGAUGAAAGGUUCUGUAUAGACAAUGGGGUAAUGAUAGCACAAGCUGGCUGGGAGAUGUUCCGUUCUGGGUGUGUCACUCCCUUAGAGGAAACCACAUGUACACAGAGGUACAGAACAGAUGAAGUUGAAGUGACAUGGAGAGAUGACAGCUAAUUCACAGUAACACAUGUUGGCAUAACGCAGUCUUAUACACGUAUCUCUGCACUGUAUGAAGUAAUAGGCAUGAAGAAGGAAAUUAAAUUCCUCCAUAACACUCAACUCAACCAAUUUGCCAUCUUUCCUAGAGUGUUUACACAUACGUGCCAACAUUGCUGAUCUCAGCAGCAUGUGAUAGGCAAGUUGCAUCAUUAUUUCCAGGGUGUGAUCAGUGGAGAUAGUGCAUCAAACCUUUCUUUUCUGCCAUCUUCCUUUAAGGAAAGAUUUGACUGAAAAGAUUUGUAAAUUAUCUGAAAAACUCAUGAUAAGGUACAGUUCACUGCUUAGUGUGUAAAAGAGAGGGCAGAGAUUGUAAUUUGCCAGUGGCAACAUUUUUGAAAGAUUCCAAUUUAGCCCUUAAACUCUCAUGAUCUGAUUGUUAAUUCUCCCCAACCCCCACCCCCACCCCCCUCCUUGACUGCUGUUCAUUUCCUUGUAAAAUAGUUUCAAGAAUUUGGUGUUAGAUCAAGAUAAAAAAAUUUUACUUGAUAAGUUUUGAGUAUUCUCAUUACCCGUUUGCUUGAAAACGUUUUGAUGUUAUAGGGAGA